AUGAAUGAAUUCUCAAUAGAGACUAAAAUAAGAGAAGUUGUUUAUGAAUUGUCUUAACCUAUAAUGAUGAGAUGUAAAUUUACAUAUAUUAAUAUAAGUAUCUGAUUGUUUAAGAUAAAUGGAUUAAUAGUAACUGAAUAAUGAUUAUGUAUAAUAGUAAAUUAGAUAGUAAAAUGACAAUCAACAAAAUCAUUAGCUUGAAGCUAAUAAGAUAUCUACAGAAAUUAAUAAUUUAUAGAGAUCGUAAAAAUUAUUAGAGUUAGAAAUUAUAAAGAAUUAGACAUAAGUUUAAUAACAAUAAAUUAAUUUUAUAUAAAAAAUAGAAUAAGUGGAAAAGGUAUUGGAACAAUAAAAGAAUACUUCUUAAUUUGUAAUUAACUAAUAAAUGAAAACAUAAUCCGAUUUAGAUUAGCUAGCAAAAGAAUAAACAGAAUAUACUGAAAUAUUCAAUAAAAAAAUUGAUGAAUUUUUUAAAGAUUAUUAUUCAUUUUUUGUGGAUUGUAGAAAUUAAGUGAAUUAAAUCUAAAAAAGUUAACAAUUAUUAUCAAAGGAUGUUUAAAACUAGAGUCUAAAAUUAGAUCAAUUAGUGAUUUUUAAAGAUCUAUCAGAAAAAUAGUAUUCAAGUAUAACUAAAAGAGUUGAAUGGAUGAUAAAUGAGAUGAAUAAUUUUGUGAAUCAAGAUUAUUUUAAAUUUACUUUAGAUAAAGUAAAAUAAUGGAUGUAUAUUUAGAGGAAGAAUAGUCAAGAAUAGAAGAUAAUUAAUUUCUAAAGGGUACAAUAUCAAAACUAUAAAAUUAAAUUGAGGUUUACAACAAAUCCUUAGAUGAAAGAAUAAAAAGUUUAGAGAUGUUUGAGAUUAAAAAUGAUUAGUAGUGGAACACUUUUUAAUAAUAAUUGAAUUAUUAGAAUGAGAAUUUUUAGAAACACUUUAAAGAAAUUACAAAAGAAUUGUAAAACUAGAAUAAUGCUAUAAAUAUGAUUGAAGAUUUUUAGAAAAAUAUUUAAGAGAAAAUAUCAAUUAUUGUAAAUAAUUAGAUAUCAGUAUUCUAAAUAAAUAUUAAUAAUUAAAUAAAUAAACUUGAAGAUUAAUUUAACAGCCUUAAAGCUAUAAUAGCAAAAGAAAUGUCAUAGGAGUUUAAUUAUAAAUUGGAAGAUAUGCGUUAAUAAUUAUUAUAAGAAUCCUUAAAAUAAUAGAACAUAAAAUUAGCAGCCUUUGAAUUGUAAAUUUUGGAGUAAAAAAAAUAAUAAUAAUAGAGAGAUGUUGAAGUUUAGGUUAUUAUAUCAGAUAAUUAAUUAAAUCAAUAGUAGCAGCUAGAAAACUUUAUAAUAGAAUAAAUUGAUAUGAAACUUACAAAUGGUAUAUUUAUCGGGUAAAAAGGGCAUGGAAGAAAUACUAUAAUUUAAAAUAUGAAAGGAGGGUUUAAUUUAACUUAGGUUGGUUAAACUGAUUAUUAGUAAUCUUUUGUUUAAAGUGAAGAAUUGAAUGAAGAAUUAAAUAAAUAAUUAGAAGAUAUGAAGAUAAAUAUUAAAUAGAUGUUAUUAGAGAUAAAAGAAGAUAUGGAAUAAUAAUUAAAAGUAUAUGAAGCAAAUGUUUCUAUUGCUAUGUAGAAUUUUGAUAAAAAUCAUUAUCAUGUAUUAAAAUUGAAAUCAGAUAUUUUUAAUGAUACAGAAUAUUUGAACAAUCAAAUAAAAAUCUUAUUUAGAGAGAAGGAUGUAAUAAAUAAAAAAUUAUAAUUAAUUUUAUAAUUAUUUUCAGGAAGUACUGAAGUUACUUAAAUUACUGUUGCUUAUCUACUAAAAUAAUUGAAAGAUCCAAUUAAAUUUACAUCAGUUUAAGGAAUAGUUUUUGAAUUGAGAAAUGAAAUAUGCAAUUACAGAUAAACAAAUUAUUCUAUAGAGGAUCUAAUGAAAAAAUCAUUAUAGAGUUUUAUAGAUAGUUGGGAUAAAAGUGAAUUGUUAGAAGUAAAAGAAUAUAAUCCACAUUGGUAUUUCAAUAAAUACAUUUAUAAAAAUUUAGUAGGUCAAAGUAAAACUGUAGAAAGAUCAUUAGAAAAAACAAUAAAAUACUCUACUUAAACAUAAGCAGAUAGUGAAUUAUAUAUUAAUAGAUCUGGAAGAUAAAGAAAUCUAUCUUAAAGAUAAUCCAUAAUGAUGAGUCUAGAUUCAACAAGACAAAGAAGAGGUGCUGCAAAUUCUGUGUUAAAAUAAUCAGAGCGUAAUGAUUCUAAUGAAUAUUUACCAAAAGUGAAAAAGUGA